CUAAGAAGGCCAAUGACAUCACGAUUGUAAACAAAGUGUCAAAAUCGGCUCAGAAUACAAACGAAUUUGGCAAGCGUAACCUGUGUCGAUGAAGUGAAAGAAUAAGUGAUUCACGUGAAUACAGAAAACCUAUUUAUAUUAAAUUCAGUGUGCAGUUUCUGAGAUUCAAGCUUAAAUAUAUAGCAAUGAAAAUGAUGACAAAAGUCAGAUUUAUGGUAGAGGUUGAAACACAGAGAUUGGAGACAGUGUGUAUAAUUGGUGAUCAUGAUACUCUAGGAAACUGGAACCCAGAUAGAUUACUUUCUUUGGACCUUAAAAUGAAAAAUGUAUGGUGUGUAGAUAUUGACCUACCUGCCAAUCAAGAGAUCAACUACCGAUAUUGUAUAACUGGUCUGCUGGAAUCGGCUGAUAGGGACGAAAAAGAGGCGAUUAUCAAACAAUGGGAAACAAAUAUUAAUCCAAGAAAAAGCUUCAUUACAGAUGAGAAUGAUUUACAGAUUUUACCUGUAGCUCAGUUUGGUAACUACGAAUUUUGGACCUUUGCUAAUCUGUGUGUUCCAGCAAUUCCACUAUGUUCUUCUGACAAAAAAAACAUCUUGAUUCCAGAAAGCAGCAAUAGAUGUGAAAAAGUGUAAGCUUCAACCAGUUGUGGAUGCAUUUACUAAAUGAUUUGUUUGAAUUUGGCACUAUGCUGAUGGUUGCGGAUUGCUAAUGGUGUUCCAGAUAUUUUGGUUCACUGCACUUUUCAUAUAUUAAGUUGUGAUGUAUAUCUUUCAGAUGGUUACCAUAAUACGACAUCUGGAUGGCUCUCAACACAAACCUAUGUGCAGCUGAGACUACAAGGAAACCCUAUUCAUAUACAUAAAGCUCGGCAUCAACACCAAACAUUGCACGUGAAAUGUGUACCACAGGAUUAUCGGCCUAAAAACGUAUUAACCAGUUCAGUUAUUUACAUCAUGUAGCCCUAAACUAAAAAUCUUCUUACACAACUAAGUAUUUUUUUUGGUGUUUUAUUUUUCGUUUUCUCUCAGUGUUUUUUUACACCCACUUUUGGAGAUGGUUGUAUAUUGCCUUAACACUAAAUUUCUUUCUUAGCACAGCACAAUAGAGGCUAAAAUAGUCCAAAUAUCUUUUUUGGAAUAUAUGGGUAUCUUUCCCUAUGAAAUUAGGAACCUUAUUGAAUUUCAGCAUGUCGUUGCCCUGGUCCGACUGUCUGACAUCCACAAUGGACACUCUAGAGGCUAAUGUUAAUAUCCGAUUGACAUGAAAUUUUGACACACUGUUCAAGGUCAUGAGACAAAGAAGCUUAUUGAUUUUCAACGAUUUCCGUUAAGUACUAGUGGACACUCUAUAGGCUUAAGUUAAAAUCCACUGUGUUUAUGGUCAUGAGACAAAGAAUCCCAUUGAUUUUCAAUGAUUUCUGAUAAUUACUGCCAGAGUAAUGGGUCUUGGUCACUUUGGAAAAUCUUGUGGAUGCUCAAGAAGUUCAAAUUAAUAUCAAAUUGACUUUAAAUUUAUACACAGUGUUUAAGGUUAUGAGACGAAGAAGCGUUAUGGCCGUUGAUCACUUUGAAAAUUCUAAUGACUUCUGAUAAUUACUCUGAUUGUUACUCUCUAUCAGAUUUUAGUGGGUUGGAAAUGCGUUCAUUACUGACAAAUGUAAAAAUAUGUGACACCUCUUGUUGACUGCCUAGACGAUUUAGCUGCCGUUUGCAUAUGUUUCGUUCCCUGGCAACCUAUCUUUUUUAUAUCACCACUCAGCAAAUAAAUUUUGGUGUUAGUACUUUAAAAUAAGAAAUUAUUGGAAUCUGUCUUUUAGGUAAAGGGAAAGGGAGGAGGGGGGUGGAAUGAAAAUGUGAGUUUAAUAUAAUUCUUUGGUUACGAUAUUUAAACAAUCUCCACAUUAAUUUCUUGUCUGCGAUAUCACCUCGGUGGAAGCGGACGUAAAAUACAACUAACCCAUCAUCAUAAUUUCUUGCAUUCAACACUGUAAUACUUACGAAUCGAUCUAACCUUGUCUUGUUCCUUCCCUGGAUAUUUUUAUAGCUCUCUUAAAGUUGUCAGCAAUCAAAAUAGCUAUUAAAAAAUCCAAGUAAAGAUUUGUAUGAAACUGAAUUUAAACCUACUAAUAUAUAACAAUAUCUAACUUGAAUUGUGAGUAUCAGCUAACACUAUUUAAAUUGAUAUUUAUAAGAAAUACUAGUUAGUUUUGUUAUCAAAUAUUAUUCUGAGUAUAUUGUUUAUCAUGUUGGUCAAUAUUACCUUCUCCUUUUUGACCUGCAAACCAAAUUCAAAUCAAAUUUAUCAGUGUUGGAGGAUUGAUGAUUUUUGUUUUGAUUUUCGUAUUUAUAAUAUAAAUAAUAUCAUUGCUUCUUUACAUAUAAUAUAAAUUAAUUAUAAUGGUUACCAUGCUUUUUUGCGGCUUUAUAAUAAUUUUAAAUAAUAAGAACAAAUCAGAAAACAACUCACUUUUAUUGUUUAUUCCUUUAUUUGUUUUUAAUUUAUAGGCUCACAUUUUAUAGUAUGAAGUAAAAGUAGUCAUAUAUUGUUUUCAGUCCUUCUGGCUGUUUGUCAGUGCAUCCAAAAUUCAGAGUAACCUGUUGCCACGUUUACUCUCUCUGAGAGUUUUUACCCUUAUCAUCAAAAUCGUGUUAACAGAGUUUUUGAGAUUUUACUUUUCAAACUUGCUUUGAAUAUCAUGCAAAUGAACCCUAAUAAGUUUUUCAUGUCAAUUAUUCGCAUUGUUAUUGCCCUCUCAUAGAUGACUUGAUGAAAACGCUUUUGUUACAGUUUUUGCGUUUUAUGUAGACAAAAUGCUGAUUUAAAUAUAAAGUUACAAUCCUUGUCGUCAAAGCCAUGUGAACACUCUACAAAUCAAAGUUUCAGGAUAUUUUCUCCACACUUAAAAUACUCACAAUACCUUCAUGAUAAGCUGUAACAACCUUGAAAUUCCAGUCAAUAACUUAGAUUGUGUUAAUGCCAUUUUCAGGUGGAUAUUAAUGAAGAUAGUAAUGAAGGCCCACAGUCUUGUUCAAUUAACGAUGUUCAAAUAUCUGUGUUGCGAGAGGAUGGUUGUAAACCACAUGAACAAAAUCAGUUUGGUGAAGCCUAUCAACCAGAUGAUUUUAUGGUAUUUACGACUAAUACUUUACAUCCUGAAACAUUGGGUUUUCAGUUAGAAUUUUAUAUACAGGAUACCUCUAAUGGAUAUAUGGAACCACAAUAUAUUGGUUACACUCAUAUAUUACCUCUAAAUACAAAACAUACCCUUGAAGAAAAACAUCUACCUCUUAUGAGUUUAAAACAUAAACCAAUUGGAAAAAUCGCAAUUCAUUUUAUGAUUGCCAAACCAGUUAAGAACAUUAAAUUCAACAUGGAAUCUUGUUUUCAAAGUCAUUGGAAAUUUCUUGGUGUGUCUUUGGAUGUCGGCCAUAGAGGCAUGGGUUCAUCUUAUAAAAAGCUAGCUCUUGUUAGAGAGAAUACAGUUGCCUCCCUUUCAGCAGCAGCACAGAAUGGUGCUGAUUUAGUAGAAUUUGAUGUAAUGUUAACAAAAGAUUUACAUACUGUUGUUUAUCAUGAUUUUGAAGUAUGCCUUACAUAUAGCAAGAAACGAAAUGACGAUUCUGGUUCUAAAUUGUUAAUUGUUCCAGUCAAAGAUUUAACUUUGGAACAACUGCAAAGCAUGAAAUUAUCUCAUGCAUCAUCAAGGCUCGGAGAACAAAUAGAUUUAAAUGGUGAAGACUUUCAUCCUGCUGAUGCACAGCCCUUUCCAACUCUACAACAAUGUUUCCAUGGUGUGGAUGAAAGCCUAGGUUUUAAUAUAGAAAUCAAAUUUCCACUUCAAGAUGAGACUGGUGUAUGGGAAAUGGAGGGAUUUAUGGAUCAUAAUACGUAUGUAGAUAUUUUACUACAAGCUGUAUUUAAAGACUGUGGUUCUAGAAGAAUUAUUUUUUCCAGUUUUGAUCCGGAAUGUUGCAUACUAUUACAAAGAAAACAGAAUAAAUAUCCUGUAUUAUUUUUAUCAAAUGGACCAACCAAAAGGUAUACACCAUACUUAGAUGCCAGAACUAGAGGUUAUGACGUGGCCAUGUAUUUCGCUCUAUCUGAAGGAUUAUUGGGUGUUGAUCUUCAGUCUGAAUGCCUAUUAUCGGAUUUAGGAGUAAUUAAAAGAGUACGUGAUAAAGGCUUAGUAUUAUUUGUAUGGGGUGAAGACAACAAUGAUAGAGAAACCAUUAGUACAUUAAGAAAACAUGGAGUACACGGCAUUAUAUAUGAUAGGAUUGAUUUCUACAAAACAGAUAAAAACAAAUAUUUUGAAGCUGUGGAGGCAAAUGGAUUACCAGAAAUGGAGACAGGAGAGUCUUCUACAUCAUGAAACCAAUUCCUAUAAUAUGCUAUGCUUUUUGAGAUUAUCAUUUAAAGAAUCUUUUUUCUUUUUGUAAUUAUCUAGUAACACAUUCAAUUUGAUGCCAUAAAUAUUCCUUUAAAUUUUACGUUAAUUAUCAGUAUUUAUUAAUAUAACUGUUAUAAUUCUUUUGUAAAGGGCUGUGCCAUUAACUGUUACGUUUUUGUAAAGGCCUCUGCCAUUAACUGUAUUUGUAUUCUUUUUCUAUUAUUUAUAUUUAUCUGUUUUGUGCAUUGUCUGUUAGUAACAAACCACAAUUUACAUCUGUAGUUCAAUCUGAUUAUCAAAGCAUUUAGUAUUUCAUUUUGUAUAUACAGCAUGCAUUUCUUGUUAUAUUUAAUUUGAUCAUUUGUUGUCCCCCACCUUUCGAAGAAAGCAGGGGACUAUUAAAAUGCGUUUGUCCAUCUGUCCGUCUGUCACACUUUUUGGGACACAAUAACUCUCUUUCUAAUUGAGCUAGAAUGUUCAAACUUGAUGUAUGUGUUUAUUAGGUCAAUACCUUGAUGGAGUUCAAAGAUGAGCAUUUUCCGCUUAUGGUAAGCAGAGAUAAGCAAUUUGAUUGGUUGAUGCUUUUGGACACAAUGACUUUAGUUCUGAUUAAGUGAGAGUGAUCAAACUUGGUGUAUAGUUUCAUUACAUCAAUACCUUGACUAUUUUCUGCUCAGACUAAACAGAGCGAUAAGCAAUUUGAUUGGCCAAGAUUUUGGAACACAAUAACUCUCCUUCUAAUUGGUGUAGGUGUUUAUUGGGUGAAUCCCUUGAUGGAGUUUGAUGAUGAACAUUGUCUGCUUACAGUAGGCAGAGAUAAGCAAUCUGAUUGGUUGAUGCUUUAGGGGCACGAUAACUUUGGUUAUAAUGAAGUGAGAGCGAUGAAACUCUGAAUAUAGAUUCAUUAUAUCAUUACCUUGACUAAGUUCGAUUGUGCGAAUUUUCUGGGCUAAGGAGCGAUAAGCAAUUUGAUUGGUCAAUACUUUGGAACAUAAAUACUCUGCUUUUAAUUGAGGUAGAAUGUUUAAACCUGAUGUAGAUGUUCAUUAGGUGAAUGUCUUGACUGAUUUCAAUGAUUAACAUUUCAAACUAAAGCUAAGCAGAGCUAAUCAAUUUCAUUGGUCAAUGCUUUGGGACAAGAUAAUCUUGAUUCUAUCUGAUAGAGAGUGAUGAAACUUAGUGUGUAGUUUGAUUGCUCAAUACUUUUGAAAAAAAUGAAUGUGCGUUUAAUUAAUAUGUGUCAGCUAUUUAUUUUGGGAUUUCGACGGGGGACAUCAGCGUCACUGUUGGCUUGUUGAUUUUGGUUAACUAUAUGGCCAAGUUGGAACCCAUGCAAUUGAUACAGUUUACUUUUGUAACUUGAACUAGCUUAUUUUCAUUUCUGUGAAUUUGGGAAAUUCUACUCCUAUUCUGUACAUCUGUUAUGUCUUGAAGCAUUUCUGAGGUUAUCUCAUCCGUAUGGAUUUUUAAAUAGAUUUAAUUAAAUCAGGGAAUUGUUUUGUUUUUUGGUGUGAAUAUUAUUUAGAAUUUUAAAUCUGAUGUGUUAUCGAAUAUUUAUUCUGAGACGUAAUGAAAAUGCACCACUUUUAUAAAUGGAUGAAUAUGAAUUUUGUUUAUGAGAUAUACUUUAAUCUUACAAUUCUGAAUGUAACAUCAGAUCACGACCAUAAUAUGUGAGAAUGAUGUUUUCACGAUUGUGAAAAGUCACCAUAGAUAAAUUCUCUUUAACACAAAAAACUGAAUUUGACAGAAUGAGAAUGUUAAAAAAAACAACACAAUGACCUACAAUUCAGUUAAAUCGGUGGUGCAUUUUCAUAGCCAUCUCAGUAUAUUGUAUGUUUUAGUUGCCAUAUUUUAUUUUUAACAGAACCUAUAUAUUCUUAUAUUAUGUUUGUUCACUAUAUGUAUUAUACUAGGCCAUAAUAAAUGUUAAAUGGACAGGAAUUUAAAUAAUUGAGUGUAGUGUUUAUAAUCACUAAUGUCAUUUGAGGGAUGUUUAUAUAUAUAAUUAAUCCCUUGCAAACUGCAAUAUUGUGAAAAUUGGAUCACUAAAGAAAAUUGAUCAAUUCCGUUCAGUAUUUACAAAGAUAUGAUGAAUUGAAUAUUUGUCAGCCUAAAGCCAAGCUCACAACCUGCUGUACUUGUUUUGACACGCAUAGAUCAUAGGGUUUGGUAGCUUGCAGCUCAGUUGCAAGAAACCGGCUGAAAGUUUUGUAUGUGCAGGACCAUGAGUCUCUAGGCCAGUCUGCGAUCUUCUACGGUGCCGAACACACACAAGUCACGCGUAAGACUCCCACAUGGCUUUACUAAAAUCCCCCCCCAUAGACUGUCCAUAGUAGUACGUACGGCAGGUUGUGAGCUAGACUUAAGGCAUCCUCUGCAAAUGAUUUAAAUGGGAAAUGGUCAAGUCAAAACUACAAGUAGAGUUUAUCUACCGUUGAUAUUUUGAUUUCUUAAUUAAAUGUUAAAUAAUCAAUUUGAGUACAACUUAAGCUGAGAAAAAUUAGAUAUUUUCCAAAAAAUAGAAUGACAUCAGAGACUUUAAAGGACCUAAGUCCGUAACUCAAAAUCCUCCAAAAUCUUCUACAUCGAAAACACGAAUUAUUGGUCAAUUUAAAUCAACAUUGAUGAUGUAAACUUACCGGGAAAAGAUGAGCUUCUGAUAUCCGAUAUUUAAGAUAAAAUAAUUUUUUUAACAUUGGUACACGAAUCGUGUACCAUAAUGCGCUUCAGCCCCAGUUGUAUUGAGAGACUCGAGGGACGAGGCUAGACACAUUGCACCAAAUCAAAUGGAGUUAUGUAGACUAGAAUAACUAGACGCUAGAAAUUUGCACUCGAUUGAGAUUGCUGACUUAUUUCGCCGAACAUAACUGAUUUGAAAUUGGAGUAAAAACGGAAACCAUUAAAUGUAAAUCAGUUUAUAUACAUUCAUAUUACAAUAUUAUAUGCGCUGCGACCCACUUUUGUGAAUUUCUAGGUCCCAAAUGUUAGCGAUUUAGCUCCUUUAAGUUAGGUUAUACUUAUCUGUUGAGGUUUUGGUGAAAGAAUGUUUUUUUGUAGAAUUCUAGAUACUUUGUUAUUUAUAUAUGUUAAUAUUUAUUAGAUGUUUUAUGAUGCAAAUUUAUAGAUCUGUUUGAAAUAAUUUUUUAAGGUGUUUCCAUUUACAUGUACCUGAUUAAAAUGAAGUUAAUUGUCAACAGAUGCACCUUGAAUUCAAAAACAAACAAAAGUUGUUAAUUGUUAUAUAUAUUGUUUCUUGGUGCCUUAAUAAUACUCACUUGACACCUGUCAACCAAUAUGUAAAGUACAAUAUUUACUUAUUAUUGUAAAUAUAUUUCAUUGAUAUUCAAUGAAUAAACUUUGUACAAAGUAUCAUUCUUUUAUUAUGAUAGAUAUUGAAGAGCUUCUUUUCCAAAAUGCAAUAAACACCAUUUGAAUUUUCAUUAUCAUUUUUAUAUUUCUUAUUUUAAAAAGUAUUGUUACAAAGUAUUGUUUUUAGAUAAAUCAAAUUUAAGUUUAUCAUCCUGUCUUUGGUAUUUUUUUUAAAAAAAACUCCCCAUCAGUAAUGUCAUGGAAUUUAUCGCAUUUUGGUAAAGAGCUCUUUAAAAAUUGCAUGAAUCAAUCUUAAUUAUUUUUAUUGAAAUAUAUAAAUAUUGUAUGAGACAAAGUAUGCAACUUGAAAACCUCUUUCCUUUUGUCAAAUGUUAUUUAUUCAUAGUGCUCGUAAUAUUAUUAAGUACUUGUGGUUAUUUGUAAUUAAAUAAAAUAAUUUUCCUUUAACAAA